CCUUGCCUCCUGCCUGCCCGCGCUGCACUUCACCUCAUCCGAAUCCAAUGGAACCCAGGGCCACCAAAGAUGGAUGAUUGCACUUGCAUUUGCCUGUCUGAAUGUCCCCUCUUUUCUCUCUUUCUCUCACCUACCUUACACACAGUUCACUUUUACUCCUCCAUGCUUGCUCAUGCAAAUCUCAUCCCCCUUCCCCUUCCCCCAUGCUCAACAUGGCAGGGAACAUGCGUACACUACGACCUUCCUCUCCAAAACUUUGCCCUGCCCUGCCUUACCUGCAACUAGGUAGUUCUGACCUUGCUCCUUCAUCUUGGCAGGGCAAUCACACAGCAUCACUAGAGCACUUCAAGCUGCGGAUGAAGUCACCACGACUGACGACCAGGGACAGCAAGGCAUCACGUCUCAUUGAAUGCGCCCCCCUUCCUCUCGCCCCUGCCAGCUUCGCUCCAGCUACCUGGCGUCGAGGGCCCAAAGAACAGGUCUUUGGAAGGACCAUUGCAACUAGUUUCCCGGACAUGCUUUCGUAGUUUCCACCUCGAGAGACCCUCGCCAUCGUAUCCGACCCAGCAUGUCGUUUCUCGGAGACUUGAACGAGAACCAGGAAUCAGAAUCAGAAUCACUGGGCCCAGCCCAAGCAGCUAUGAAUAAUCCC